AUGGAUGAUCUCUACGACGAGUUUGGUAACUUCAUUGGCGAGGAGGCCGAGUCAGAGGAGGGCUCCGAGGUGGGUGUUGAGGCGAGCGACUACGUCUACGAUGAUGAGCCAGAGGCCCCCAGUGUGACGGGCCAGGAGCUCAUGGAGCUUGACGAUGGACCAUCCAACGCGAUCAUACUUCACGAGGACAAACAGUACUAUCCGACCGCCGAACAGGUGUACGGUGCCGAUGUUGAAACCCGUGUCGAGGAGGAGGACGCCCAGCCGCUGACCCAACCCAUCAUCGCGCCCAUCGAGCAGAAGAAGUUCAACAUCGAGGAAGCCGAUCUCCCACCCGUCUUUUUCGACCGCGAAUUCAUGACAGACUUGAUGAACUUUCCCGAACAAACACGAAACGUAGCGUUGGCAGGACAUCUACACCAUGGAAAGACGGCGUUUAUGGAUAUGUUGGUUCUUGAGACACACGAUAUCACGGAUCGAUUAGAACGAAGAGUUGGAAAGCACCGCGACGAACAAUUGCGAUACACAGAUAUCCACAUCUUGGAGAGGGAACGAGGUCUAUCUAUCAAAGCUGCACCAAUGAGUCUUGUGCUACCCAGCACCAAGGGCAAGUCGCAUCUUGUCAACCUGAUCGAUACCCCUGGACACGUCAACUUCGUCGAUGAAGUUGCUGCCUCUUUCCGAUUAGUCGACGGUGUUUGCUUGGUGGUGGACGUGGUCGAGGGAGUUCAGAUCAACACAGAGCAGAUCAUCAAGCAUGCUGUUCUUGAGGACAUCCCUCUGACUCUCAUCAUUAACAAGAUGGAUCGCCUCAUCCUUGAGCUGAAGCUACCGCCCAAGGACGCAUACUUCAAGCUGAAGCACGUUGUUGAGGAGGUCAACACCAUUAUCACAAACACAGCGCCCACCAAGGCUGCUUCAAAGCGUAUAAGCCCCGAAAAGGGCAAUGUUCUCUUUGCUUGCACGGAUAUGGGCUGGUGUUUUACACUACCAAGCUUCGCCAAGAUGUACACAGAUACCUUCGGAGAUAUCAACGUCGACGAGUUCGCGAAGCGAUUAUGGGGCGACAUCUACUACAACCCGAAAAAGCGAAACUUCUCACGAAAGCCUAUCGACGAGCGCUCAGCACGCUCAUUCGUUCACUUUAUCCUCGAACCCAUCUACAAGAUCUUCACCCACUCCAUCAGCGACAGUCCCGAGCAAUUGAAGCCGGUCUUGGCUUCAUUGGGUAUCGAGCUUAAGCCUUCUCAGUACAAGGCCGAUGCCAAGGUACUCCUCAAGCUAGUUUGCGAGCAGUUCUUCGGUCCUUCGACCGGCUUUGUGGAUAUGAUUGUCAAGCAUAUCCCAUCUCCCAUUGAGACUGCUGAGCGGUUAUUGGAGAGAUACUAUACCGGUCCUGUAGAUACCAAGGUCGCUGCCUCGAUGAAGGCUUGUGAUCAGGACGGACCAUUGGUCGUGCAUAUCACAAAGCUCUUCAACACAUCAGACGCCAAGAGCUUCCAUUCUUUCGGUCGUGUACUGAGUGGUACCGUCCGACCAGGUAUGCAAGUUCGUGUGCUUGGUGAGGGUUACUCUCUGGACGAUGAGGAAGAUAUGGCUAUGGCGAAUAUUGCUGAAGUCUUUAUCGGCGAAACAAGAUAUAACAUUCCUACAGAUGGUGUUCCCGCCGGUAAUCUCGUCCUACUAAGUGGUGUCGAUAAUUCCAUCGUCAAGUCAGCUACCAUCCUUCCUCCCAAGCUCGAAGACGACGAGGACGCCUAUAUCUUUAGACCCAUCACACAUUUCACAGAAUCAGUUCUCAAGGUCGCCGCUGAGCCCAUCAACCCUUCAGAACUUCCCAAGAUGCUUGACGGUCUAAGAAGGAUUCAAAAAUCAUACCCCCUUAUCAAGACCAAGGUCGAGGAGUCAGGAGAGCACGUCGUCCUUGGAACUGGAGAGCUGUACAUGGACUGUGUACUGCACGACUUGCGUCGUCUGUACGCCGAUAUGGAUAUCAAGAUUUCUGAUCCUGUCACAAGAUUCUGCGAGACCGUCGUCGAGACAUCAGCGACAAAGUGUUACGCCAUCACACCAAACAAGAAGAACAAGAUCACGAUGGUUGCUGAGCAGUUGGAGAAGGGUAUCUCAAAUGACAUUGAGAGCGGAGCAGUCCGCAUCCGCGAUCCCAUUCGAAAGACUGCUAAGUUCUUCGAGGAGAAGCACGGCUGGGACAAGCUUGCUGCUCGCAGUAUCUGGGCAUUUGGACCUGAAGACACAGGUCCCAACAUCCUUCAGGACGACACACUUCCCACUGAGGUGGACAAGAAAACCCUCAACGCAGUCAGGGAAUCCAUUCGACAAGGAUUUAGCUGGGCCACCCGCGAGGGACCCUUGUGUGAAGAACCGAUACGAAACACCAAGUUCAAGGUUACAGAUGUCCUUCUGGCCAACGAGGCCAUCUUCCGUGGAGGCGGCCAGAUCAUCCCCACCUCCCGACGAGCAUGUUAUUCCUCGUUCCUUAUGGCUUCGCCUCGACUUAUGGAGCCCGUCUAUUCAGUCUCUGUGACGGGACCUGAAGAGUCAUACAUGGAGGUCUAUAAUGUGCUCUCACGUCGUCGUGGCCAUGUGCUAUCAGACGGUCCCGUCGCCGGUACCCCGUUAUAUCGCGUGAACGGUCUGCUACCAGUCAUCGACAGUUUCGGUUUCGAAACAGAUCUACGAAUCAAGACUCAGGGUAGUUCCAUGGUGAGUCUUGUCUUUGACAGCUGGAGUAUCGUGCCUGGUGAUCCUCUCGAUCGCGAGCAGAUCAUCCGUCCUCUCCAGCCUGCUACUGCCCAAGCCACCGCUCGUGAUUUCGUCCUCAAGACACGACGACGCAAGGGUCUCAGCGAAGACGUCAGCGUUAAGACCUUCCUUGAGCCUGAAUUCUACCAGAGCUUAAUGGAGAGCGGUAUGCUAGGGGAGAUCUAA